AUUUCACCGAAUAUCAAAGAAGGUGCCAAGAUUUCCGUUUUGAAUUCAGUUGUGAGUGAAAACACUGCUCGUUCACUCUUAGGAGACAUUCUUGAUGCCCAGCCAGAGAUGGAAAUCGAGAUCUCGGUGGGUCGAAUGAAAUUCGAAGCCAUUUCCACGGCUAAUGAUGAACCAAAUCCCAAUCUAAAUAAUAUAAAUAACAAAUCAGAGGAGUCAGCUAAUAGUGAAACUGAUAUCUCGAGUGAUAGCGACCAAAGCGUAAAUAGAGAAACAACAAUUGCCAGAAAUACAAAUAAUAUGUUGUGGAAGGAUGGAGUAGUCACCAUCGAUCCUCGUAAAAUAUUCCGUUCCUAUUCCAAUGCACCAAUCGUAAAUAUCCCCGAUAUCACACAUGCAUCGCCAAGACAGUUCUUUGAGCAUUUUUUACCCAUUGAGUAUAUCAUGUCAACAGUAAUAACAACGACGAAUAAAUGUACAUGCGCAUGCGAACAAACAUGGAAUGACUUAACUUGGAUGGAAUUCAUGCGUUUUAUUGGCAUUCUGACGAUUAUGACAUAUGUAAAAUGUACUGAUAUCUGCGAUUAUUGGUCUAUUAAAUCAGAAACAGAUGUACCAGCAAAUGAUGACCCCUUUUAUUUUGCACGGCAAUUUCAUGAUGUGUUUAACGACAAUCUCAUUAAAGCUAUUGUACCCGGUGCUUACCUUUGUAUCGAUAAAUCAAU